GGCCAAGUUGUUGGAAUCUUCUCACGCUUGGCUCGGGGCCUCCACGUCAUCGAUAGCCGCAGACAGCUACCAAUACCAACUUCAGUCGAUGUGGCAAAAGUGCUGGAACACCAACCAGAGUCUCGUGCACAACCUGAGGUUUCGGGAACGGGGACCGUUGAAGUCCUGGAGGCCGGAAACAAUGGCGGAAGCCAUUUUUUCGGUGCUAAAAGAGGGACUGUCGCUAUCGCAGGCCGCUAGAAAAUACGAUAUUCCUUAUCCCACCUUCGUGUUGUACGCCAAUAGGGUCCAUAAUAUGUUAGGACCGUCUGCUGACGGCGGAUCUGAUUUACGACCUAAAGGACGCGGUAGGCCCCAAAGGAUCCUACUGGGCGUAUGGCCAGACGAGCACAUAAGAGGAGUAAUAAGAGCGGUGGUGUUCCGGGAUUCCCACCAAAUCAAAGACGAUUCGCAUAUGGCUUACCCCCGAUUACAUGACGGCGUUACCAUCCAGAGUUACCCGAACAACGCGUGCAGCAACGGAGCUGACCCCAACGUUUCACCUGGGGCAGCCGCAGCUGCCGCCGUCGCUGCCGUAGCCCAAGGACUGAGACAACAAAUGUGCAGUAUGGUUGCCGCGGCACAUAAUCAAAGUUCCGCGCACGACACGAACCCCGUGGCGAGUCUGGUGAACACGCUAGCGUUGGCGGGACAUUGCGGUAGCGUGCCGCUACCCAGUAACGGCGCCCCGCCGAUGAGCAUGAGUCACCUGGCGAGCAUGCGCAACAUGAGCAGUCCCGCGGGAAGCAUACAGGACCUGAGGAUCAGUCCCGCCGGUUCCGCUGGGAUGGAGAGUCCGAUUUCGUCGCCCUUGGGUCUGACCGUGUCCAGCACGAUGGAACCGGCCAUCAAUAUGAAUAUAGGAAAUAAUAUGGACGUAGGAAUCGGCGUGUCAGGAAUGACCUACAAGCCGGCGAGGUCGUUCACCUCGCCACGCCCGGAGAACCUUUUUCAAGAGGACAUCGACGACCUGGUGAAACCGAUCCACAGCACGUCGUCGACCCCGCGGCCCAAAGACACCCACAUGCCCUCGAUAAAAAUGGAACCGAUGACCGAGUGCCGGGGCGAGUGAAGGGCGAGCGUUUCGCCCCCCGAGGCCUAACGUACCAUUUGUGAUAAAUUCCCCCCUCCCCCCCCCCCCCCCCAGCCCCCAACGACACUUUUUACUUGACGUAUUGUUGUUAGAGUUGCUAGUACAAUGAAUCGGCGACUAUAUAUAGAGGUACAAUGAAUUAGUUCGGGUCCGGGUUGUAUUCGAUAUGAUGAUUAUUUCGUUGUGACCCAAUGUUGGUUUUAGAGAAAGGGAAUUGUUGUUCUAAUGUUCGACGUUUCGAUUUUUUUGUGCAAUUAUCUUCAAUAUCUUUGAUGGAAGUCAUAGGAGGUAGCUUCCUCAUACAUAUCAUACACGUUUUUUUUAAACCUUUGAUUAGAAAAUUUGAUAUAUCCCAAGCAGCACACGAUAGUUAAAUAAACGUUUAUUUUUGGUUUACAUCAGAUGUACAUUUUUGGUUGAACUUUUAUUACAUUUUAAUAAUAUGCAAUUAUUAUUUUAUAAAAGUUAAACGUUUAAGUAUGGUAUAUUGUAUACUAUUUAAAGAAGUUUAUAAAACGCGAUUAAUGAAAUUAGAUUUUUUUAAAUACCUUUAAUUUUUUUUCAGAUCUGUUUUAUGCAUCAUGGGGCAUUUUUCAACAUAAAAGAAAAAAAUCAAUUUUUACCAAUGGCG